UCACGCAGUUUUCUCCUCAGUGAAACUCCGCACCGAGUCCAGGACGGCCGGGGGAUUAUAAUCCACAGGAUUAACGGCAGCGGCGGGACCGGACACGAGCAGGACACACCGGCAGGACUCGUCCAGGGAACCGGGGUCUCCCCAGCACCGGAGCCAUGAGUCGCAGCAUCGUGCGGCAGAGCAAAUUUCGCCACGUCUUCGGCCAGGCGGUGAAGACGGAGCAGACCUACGAUGACAUCCGUGUGUCCAAGGUGACGUGGGACAGCUCCUUCUGCGCCGUCAACCCAAAGUUCCUGGCGGUCAUCGUAGAAUCCAGCGGGGGAGGAGCCUUCCUGGUGCUUCCUCUGUCAAAGUCAGGUCGUGUGGAUAAGAACUACCCGCUGGUGAUCGGACACUCCGGCCCCGUCCUCGACAUCGACUGGUGCCCCCAUGACGACAACAUCAUCGCCAGCGGCUCGGAGGACUGCACUGCGAUGGUGUGGCAGAUCCCGGAUCACUCUCUGGCCCGCCCCCUGUCGGACCCGAUCGUGGUUUUAGAGGGACACUCCAAACGGGUCGGCAUCGUCAGCUGGCACCCCACCGCACGCAACAUCCUCCUCACAGCAGGCAGUGAUAAUCUGAUAAUCAUCUGGAACGUGGGGACAGGCGAGCCCCUCAUCUCCAUGGACGACCACCCAGACCUCAUAUACAGCAUCAGCUGGAACCGAAACGGCAGCUUGUUUUGCACCACCUGUAAAGACCGACGCCUGCGUGUCUGCGACCCCCGCAAGAGGGAGGUGGUGGCGGAACGUCUGGCUCCACACGAGGGAAUCCGGCCAAUGAGAGCCAUUUUCACCCGAGAAGGAAACAUCUUCACCACAGGAUUCACCAGGAUGAGUCAGAGAGAGCUCGGCCUGUGGGACCCGACUAAUUUCGAGGAGCCUAUCGCACUUUUGGAGUUGGACACAAGUAACGGAGUCUUGUUACCGUAUUACGACGCAGACGCCAGCAUGGUCUACCUCUGUGGAAAGGGGGACAGCAGCAUCCGUUACUUUGAGAUCACGGAGGAGCCGCCGUACGUUCACUACCUCAACACCUACAGCAGCAAGGAGCCGCAGCGGGGGAUGGGCUUCAUGCCCAAGAGGGGAGUGGACGUCACCCGAUGUGAGAUCGCUCGGUUAUUCAAGCUGCACGACAAGAAGUGUGAGCCCAUCACGAUGACGGUGCCCAGAAAGUCGGACCUCUUCCAGGACGACCUGUACCCGGACACGGCGGGCCCCGAGCCCGCCAUGGAGCCCGAGGAGUGGCUGGACGGCCGAGACGAGGACCCCAUCCUGAUGUCCCUGAGGCACGGCUACAUGCCGCCGAAGAGCCGAGAGCUCAAGGUGUCCAAGAAGAACGUUCUGGACUCCAGACCCACCGCCCGGCGCAGCAUGUCCACUCUGGACACCAACAGCCUGCCGCCUCAGCUGCUCGAGAGGUUGUUGGAGGAGAUUCAGAACCUGAAGGCCACAGUUUUGUCUCAGGAGAAGAGAAUCUGUGACUUGGAGAAUAAGCUUUCCCAAUACACCAACGGCACUGACUGACGGACUUCUGGAGAACUGGUCUGACUUUCAGAGUUAGGAUUACAUUAAAAAUGUAUUUCCCCUUGCAUUGACCAGGAUUCACUCUUCUAAAUACCCAGUGUCGCCCCUUUCAAAGGUUUUUACGUGUAUGAACAUGGAGAUUUGACCAUCCAAGAAAUCUGAGAAAAUUACACCCACAAGCACUUGUUUUGGGUUUGAUGGCACAAAAAAAAAUCCUGAUUCCAGUUGAAGCAUAAUGUGCCUUUACAGUUACAGCAGCGUGUGUCUUCAUAUCCACAUCGUCACGGCGGUUUUAAAGAGUGAGACGAGGGCAAAGGGUGAAGUGAGAGAGCAGUGUGUCUGAGGCGCCGAGGCGAGGUUAGAGUUAAGGUCUGAAGAAAGUCCAGGCUGUUUUUAGGAAGUGAGUGAAGGACACAAACGGCAAUUAAAAGACUUUCAGCCUUGAAAACUGCAUCGUAAGAAAACAAAACCAAUCAUCACACUUGGAGUUGCUUGGCUCUCUGUACCAGACGACCAGAAACCUUUCAACAUGUAAAUAGUGAUGAAACAGGAGGAUAUGAAAUGUUAAAGUUGUAGCAAAGUGAUUCUGUAAGAGAUUCUACAUUCGACUCAUUAUGACAGCAAUAAA